AUGAAUUCACGGCCAAUUUCCUUGGCGUCGAGCCUAAGCGAAAACAGCGAUACCCUUUCAAAGCAGAGUUCCAUUCAGGAACACACUGGACCAGUGCAAAAGAACGAGGAUCUAAACAAACUUUUGAUACAGAGGUUCGAAGUAGAGGACUCUCUAUGUUUGAACGCGCACCAAGAAGAAAAUGCGGCUCGCGGCGAAUUAUUGUCGUCAGCAAAAAGUCGCCAUACAGAUAAUGAUGAGACGAUCGUCGCUAAAGUAUUCACGAACAAAUCCACGGGAGAGUUAGAUCUGCCGCCUGAUGGAGGUUACGGAUGGGUAUGUUGCAUCUGUGUGACGCUUAUCAUGUUCUCCACUUGGGGUUCCAAUGCUGGAUUCGGUGUGUUUUUGGCUUAUUACAUCAAGAGCGGUACCUUCCCUGGCGCCACCAAAUACGACUAUGCGUUGAUUGCUGGCAUGACCGCGGCUUUUGGUCAAGGAAUGGCCCCUGUUGCAAUGUUUUUAACAAGGCUCUUUGGCUGCAAGCCUCCAAUGUACGUUGGAAUUGUAACGCUGUUCAGUGGCUUUAUCUUGGCGUCCUUUGCUACUAAGCUAUGGCAGCUUUACUUGACGCAAGGUGUCCUCGUCGGAAUUUCCAUAGCCCUGCUUUAUGCCCCAGCCACAACAAUCAUUCCUGGAUGGUUUCUAAGAAAGCGGUCCUCGGCCAUCGGGAUAUCUUUCAUUGGAACUGGCGCUGGCGGUGUGACGUAUGCGGUGUCAGUGGGAAAACUACUUCAACAAAGUGGAAGCCAAGCGUGGCCGCUCCGUAUGAUGGCAAUUUCCUGUACCAUCACCUGCAUUGUUUCAACUAUAUUACUGAAACCAAGAAACCCUCCUAAACCAGCAGGGAUCAGGUCUUUAACAAAAGUCGUGACAGAAUUUAAGAGCAUUUUUUCUACGAGGGUCACGACAAUCUACAGAGUAGACUUAGUCGCUGUUUGGUUCGCGUUCUCGUUACUGGGCUAUAAUCUAGUGCUCUUUACACUGUCACCAUCUGCUGUUGCCAAAGGCUUAUCGUCUCAUCAAGCCUCAAUUUUGACAACUUGCAUGAAUGCUGCACAAACGUUUGGGAGACCGAUGAUCGGCUAUUCGGGCGAUAAACUUGGGAGAAUCAAUGUGACCGUUUUCCUUACAGCUAUAUUGAUUGUAUUUGUGUUUAUCUUUUGGAUCACCGCCCACAAUUUCGUCCAGCUUUUAAUGUUUUCCAUUUGCGUGGGGUCUUGCAUGGGUGUCGCCAACGUCAUGGGUACAGUGUUGGUAGCAGAUAUUGUCGACCCCGCAGAUUUUUUGCCAGCGUGGAGUCUUGUCAAUGCAUUGGGAUCUCCUUUGUUAUUAGUAUGCGAACUUGUGGCGCAAGCAUUGACCGACCCAAAGCAUCCGACCAAUCCCUAUUUGCACACACAAAUCUUUGCAGGAUUAUGUUUCCUCUGUGCCCUGCUGCUAAUAGCUGUAUUUCGUGAGCUACGUGUUCGAAACACGCUGGAACAAGUACGGGAUCAAUCUAGAGGUACAUUGGAAAGCUCGGAGGGGAAUGAAAGUGAGAAGGAGGAAUUUAACAAUGAGGAUGUGAUGGGACGAGGCCCGGCCAAUUUUUUCAGAAGGAUGUUCUAUCCAAUGAAGUUGUGA